AUGAAGACCUUCCAAAUCAUCGCUCUUUUCUGCGUCAUCAGCUCUGCAAUGGCUUUCGCCCCUGUCAGCAUGCCAGAGGCUGCCAAGAUCGCCGCCGCUGCUGCCCCUGUCGCUGCAUUCUCGGCCCCUGCCUUUGCCAUGGACUCCAUUGUUGAGGCUCUUCCCUCUACCGCCGUUGCCCUUGAGGUUCAAUUCGGUGCAUACUUGGCCGUUCUUCUUGGAACCUUCCUUCCAGUCCUUUUCCUUAUCAACUUGUACAUCUCAAGCGAGACCCGUAAAGCCGGUGCUGCGGAUGCUUUGAAGGACGAAUUCUAA